AUGAAGCUCGUCAGGUUCUUGAUGAAAUGCGCCAACGAGACGGUGACCAUUGAGCUCAAGAAUGGCACCAUCGUCCAUGGCACCAUCACAUCCGUCUCCCCCCAGAUGAACACGGCCCUGCGCACCGUCAAGAUGACGCCCAAGGGCCAGGACCCCAUCCCGCUCGACACCAUGAACAUCCGUGGCUCCACCGUCCGCUACUUUAUCCUGCCGGACUCGCUACCCCUCGACACCCUAUUGAUCGACGAUUCGGUCAAGCCCAAGAACAAGGCCCGCAAGGAGGUAGCCGACCGUGGUGGACGUGGCGGCCCUAGAGGACGGGGCAGGGGACGGGGACGUGGAUUCGGCGGCGGCAGAGGCAGAGGUAGAUAG